UGGCUGGAGCAAAACUUGUGUGGCUCAGCCCCGGGCAGCAGGACCCGGCCCCAGCCCCAGAGCCGGUCUGACCAGCAGGGCGGCGCCAGCCAUGUGGCUCUACGUGGGCCUGGCCGCCCUGGUGUGGGCGCUAGGCUGGUACCUGCGGGACCGGCAGAGCCUGGCCAGCGUCCAGGACAAGCACGUCUUCAUCACGGGCUGCGACUCGGGCUUCGGGCACAUGCUGGCCAAGCGGCUGGACAGGAAGGGCUUCCGGGUGCUGGCCGGCUGCCUGACCCAGAGGGGAGCCGACAACCUGCAGCGCAGCAGCUCGCCCGGCCUGCGCGCCACCCUGCUCGACGUGACCAGCAGCGAGAGCAUCCAGCGAGCCGUGGAGUGGGUGCGGGCGGAGGUGGGGGAGAAAGGUCUCUUCGGGCUGGUGAACAACGCGGGGGUGGCGAACCCCAUCGGCCCCACCGAGUGGAUGCGGAUCCAGGAUUUCCGGCAGGUCCUGGCCGUUAACACCUUCGGCCUCAUCGAGGUGACCCUGGGGCUCCUGCCGCUGCUGAAACGGGCGCGGGGCCGCGUGGUGAAUAUGUCCAGCAUCCUGGGGCGGCUCUCGGCCGGCGGCGGCGGCUACUGCGUCUCCAAGUACACGGUGGAGGCCUUUUCCGACAGCCUGCGGCGGGACAUGUACCACUUCGGGGUGCGCGUGUCCAUCGUCGAACCCGGGUUCUUCAAGACGGCCGUGACCAGCCUGGACGCCAUCGAGGCCUCGCUGCAGCAGCUGUGGAGCCAGCUGGCGCCCGAGGCCAGGCAGAGCUAUGGGGAGGAUUUCUUCCAGCAGUACCUGAAGGUGCAGCGGCUCAUCAUGAAUUUCAUCUGCGACCCCGACCUGAGCAAGGUGACCAGCUGCAUGGAGCACGCGCUGCAGGCCAAGCACCCGCGGACGCGCUACAGCCCUGGCUGGGACGCCAAGCUGCUCUGGCUGCCGGCCUCCUACCUGCCGGCCUUCCUGGUGGAUGUGGUACUGGCCACGAUCCUGCCGAAGCCGGCCCGCCGCAUCCGCUAGCCCCAGCGCUGCAUGGGGUUGAGCCCAAAGAAUGGGAUCGGGCUCCGGUGCCCCACAGCCUGUUGGAAAUAAACCGGCUCCCAAAGGACGCCA